CUUCUGCCUCUGUCCCUUGCGCCCUCGCCGCUUGCUCGCCAUGUCCAGCCGCGGUAGUGCUGGCCGGUGGUUCGCGGUCUCGGCCGCCAUCGGCAUUUAUGCCGUCCUGGCCGGUCUCCUUCCCGCCGCCGGGGCCGGCUCCACCUCCGCCUCCUACUCCGGGUCUGCACCGACCUCGGGCUCCUACUCCGGGUCUGCACCGACCUCGGGCUCCUACUCCGGCUCUGCGCCGACCUCGGGCUCCUACUCCGGCUCUGCGCCGACCUCGGGCUCCUACUCCUACUCCGGGUCCUACCCCGGGUCCUACUCCUACUCCGGGUCCGACCCAUUCUCGGACGAUGGGAGCUACUACUGGGAGCCGCCGGCCAUCCCGGUCAGCGACUACGCCGGCAACCUCGGGGAUUUCCCCUUCUGCUCGAUCGCCGACACCCCCGGCUGCAUGGAGUGCCAUCCGAAUUGCCUGGCAUGCGACCGGGCCCAGCCGCGCCAGUGCACCGCCUGCCCGGCCGGGCUGCUUCUCCGUCAGGAUGGCACGUGCCAGCGCUUUUGCGAUGCCUCGGCCUAUGUCGAUGCCGCCAAUGCCCGGUGUGCGCCCUGCCACGAGAGCUGCCUGACUUGCUCCGGCCCGGCCGAGCACCAGUGCUCCUCCUGCCCGAUGACCCGCGUCUGGACCACCAGCGGCCGGUGCCAGCCGGGCCCCUACUGCCCGGGUGGCUUUGACGCCACGGGCGCCCCCUACAAGGGGCUGUGCUACGAUUGCCGCGACGCCUCGUGCGGGGCCUGCUCCGGCCAUGGCUCGCACUCGUGCCUCAAUUGCUUGACCAAUGACUGGUUCCUGGCCGCCGGCGAGUGCAUCCCCCUCCGGUGCCCGGAUUCCUGGAAAUACGAGCAGGGCCAGUGCUUCCCGGUCAGUCAUGGCUGCUCCCAGCCGGACCUCCUUCGGCCCGGGCGCUGUGCCUCCUGCCUCCCUGGCUACUAUUUGCACGCGGAGGAUCGGAACUGCCGUGCCUGCCCGGCUGGCUGCACCGAGUGCCGCAAGCCCGACCAGUGCACCGGCUGCGUGGCCGGGCUGACCCUGCGCCUGGGGGCCUGCCUGCCUGCCUGCCCGAGCGGGCAGUUCCCCAACCCGGACACCGGGGCCUGCGAGCGUUGCCAUCCUUCGUGUGCCACGUGCGCCGGUGCCGGGGAGAACCGCUGUACCAGCUGCCACAGCCAUCGCUUCCUGGAGGUGUACCCGCCGAAUGAGCACCAAACUGGCACCUGCCGCACGUGCGACUACGACACCAAUGCCUGUGCCCACUGCCUGGGCCCGUACACCUGCGGUGCUUGCUUCAAUCCCCUGGCCCUGGUCAAUGGCAAUUGCCAGUUCGACUGCCCGGACCGCACCUUCCCCGCGCACCUGGACGAUGAGUCGAGCCUCUCCGGCGGCGGCAGCAGCUCCUACUCGGCGGACACCUGCCGCCCCUGCCACCAUACCUGCCAGGCGUGCGAGGGCCCCGGCCCGGAGGACUGCACCUCCUGUCGCUUUGGCUACACCAUGACCAAUCGCAAUGAGCACACCUGGACCGGCCACUGCGAGCCCGACUGCCCGGCCGGGGCCUUCUCCGCCAUGCGCAGCCAGCAGUGCGAUCGCUGCAAGGACUUCUGCCAGUAUUGCCCCAAGCCGGAGUGCGGCACCUGCGAGGACAUCUGCGUGGCCGAUGGCUGCCACGAAUCGUGUGCCACCUGCCUCGGCCCUGGUGCCAAUACCUGUGUCACCUGCCCCCCGGGCAGCUACCUGACCGAGGACAACACCUGUGUGGCCGUCUGCCCGAGUGGUUUCCACCCGGUUGACCCGAGCGAUGCCUUGCCUCCGACCGGGUCCAGCAGCUGGGGUGGCUCCGCCUCUGGCAGCUACAUGGGCUCGGCCUCUGGCAGCUACACUGGCUCCACCUCGGGCAGCUACAUCGACCCAAGUGCCCCGGGCAGCCGUGGCUUCAUGGAGGCAGUGGCCGAGCCCGCCGGUGGCACGUGCCGUCCCUGCGGCUGGCAGUGCGCCUCCUGCGACGCCGACCGCUGCCUGGUCUGCGAGACCCAGCCCACGCGGCUGCUGAUCCACGGCCGCAAUUGCGUCGAGCAGUGUCCCCUCUUCACCCUGGAGACGGUGCCCGGCGAGUGUGUCCCCUCGCCGGGGAUCAUUUGCCCGAAGUACACCUUCCAGGACAAGUGCCCCAGCUGCCCGGCCGGGCUGCUGGUCCUGCCGGAUGGCGCUGGCUGCGUGAUCACCUGCCCGGCCGGGAUGUACCGGCCGCUGGAUACCGACGAGUGCCAGGCCUGUCCGGCCGGCUGCGCCACCUGCCUGCAGUACCGGCCCGCCCCGACGGCGGCCCCGCGCCUGGACUGCCUGUCCUGCGCCGACCCGGCCCGGCCGCAGGUCGACCCGAGCACCGGCGCCUGCGUGGCCGCCUGCCCGGAUGGCAGCUACUCCACGGCCGAGGGCCGCUGCGAGCGGUGCAUGGCCGACUGCCUGACCUGCCGCGAGGGGCACCGGUGCACCCGGUGCAAGUCGCACCUGUGGCGCCUGGGGGACCUUUGCCUCGAGCGCCGGCCUACCAACUCCUAUGUGGUGCUGGACAAUGUGCUGGAGCGCUGCCGCGACCCGGCCUGCCAGCAAUGCGACGAGGCCAACCGCUGCACCACGUGCCAGCCCUCGCACCGGCUGGUCCGCGAGACCGGCCAGUGUGUGUUUGCCCUCUGCCCGGCCGGCACGGUGGAGGUGGGCCUCGAGUGUGCCGCCUGCCCGGCUGGCUGCGAGCGGUGCUCCUCGGCCGGGGCCACGUGCGACCUGUGUGCCCGCGGCCACUACAUGCACCAGGGCCACUGCCUGGCCUCCUGCCCGUCGGGCCUGGUCCCGGCCCCGGCCGAUGCCCGGCUCAUGGACGAUGGCCUGGCUGGCCAGUGUGUCGAGGCGGAUGGCUCGUCCCCUGGCAGCGGUGUCCCCGGGUCCGGUAGCAGCGGUAGCAGCGGUAGCAGCGGCAGCUCGAUUCCCGGCCCCGGCAGCGGGUCCACUCCUGGUGGGUCUGGUCCUGCCUCCGACAGCACAAGCAACGACUCCACCGGGGCCAGCAGCAGUACCGGCACCCGCCCGGGCAAGACCGCCGCCUGGGUGAUUGCGGUCAGUGUCGUCGGCGCCGUGCUGGGUCUGGCUCUCAUCGUCGUGGGCGGUGUCUUCGUCGCCAAGGCCGUCGGCGGUGGCGCCGGCGCCAAGCAGGAUUUCUCCAUGAACAUCAUCGAUUGAAGGGACGACCAGAGCCCCGCCCGAUGGGGCGGGGCCUUCUCGCUGUGCCCCUCUCCGCCCGGAUGUCCCCCGCGCCGCCCACGCGCCAAUACACAACCACAACCUGGCGAA